GAGCCUGAAGAAGAAGAUUUUGCUCUAAGUGGAACUGAUUCGAACGAAAUAAUGCCUCACAACUCUUCAGCAAGAAAACACGGUGGAGAGCAGUCGGACGAGGGCGGCUCUGCUACAAAAUCACAGCGCGGAAAAGCUGGAAGAGUUUCCGAAGACAACGAGAAGAAUAGUUCGAGCAAGCGACUCAAAGAUGUUGAGAUCAGCGUUCCGAUAGUGUGCGGUACUAUCUCAUUCUGGCUUGGUAAAAAGGCGAGCGAAUAUAAUUCACAUAAAUGGACUGUCUAUGUUCGUGGGGCAUCAAAUGAGGAUCUGGGUGUAGUGAUCAAACGUGCUGUCUUCACACUACACCCUAGUUUCUAUAAUCCCACGCGGAUUGUGGAGUCCCCUCACUUUGAGUUAUCUGAAUCUGGUUGGGGUGAAUUCGAAAUUGCUAUUAAUCUUUCUUUCCACAGCGAUGUUUGCGAUAAGCAAUUGGACUUAUUUCACCAUCUGAAGUUGUAUCCUGAGGAUGAAUCAGGUCCCCAGUCAAUUAAGAAACCCGUGGUCGUUGAAACUUAUGAUGAGAUAGUUUUCUCUGAACCUUCAGAGAGUUUCUUUGGUCGUGUACAGAAUCAUCCAGCUGUAAUUGUGCCGAGGCUACCUGCCAGUUUUAACUUACCUCUCCCUGGAUCAACUGACAACUUCAAUGAAAAGAAGCGAGGUGAUACCAAUGAUCACCCGCUAAAUCAGUGGUUCAUGAACAUCUCAGAGGCAGAUGAGCUGUUAAAACUUGCUGCAGCUCGUCAACAGGUACAAGCUCAUAUUGCGAAACUUAGAAGACAGUUGAAUGUGCUAGAUGGGCUACCUCAACAGUUGAAGCCCACCUCCGGUUAGUGAAUGUACUUUAGCCCACUGGAUCUUCAGUGAGUUUCUCUCCAAGUUGGUACAUUUGGAGGUAUGGAAACAGACUGCUAUGUAAAGAUUAUGAUGUUGUGAAUUAGUUCAAUUAGCUCAAUUAGUUCAUCUAUAGCUCUCCUAAACAUUUAUCCCCACUUUCUUUAACUCUCAUUUCUUUUCUCUCCACAUGCAAGAAGAGCUGAGUGAUGGUACCAUUUUGUAUCAAACAGCAAAAAAGAGAUAAAUGUAUUAUUUAAUUCAAAUUAGGGGAGGAAUCUUGAUUUAUUCUCUACAAAAUUUUGUUUUUUCAUGAC